AGAGAGAGAGAGAGAGAGAGAGAGAGAGAGAGAGAGAGAGAGAGAGAGAGAGAGAGAGAGAGAUGGAAUAGGAAGGACCAAACUCGUUUAGGGACGUGUAGUUGAGUUUAUGGUGCACGGCAGACUCGUAGUUAUAGAGACAGACAGCCCGGACGGGUGAGAGGAUAGAGAGUGUGUUUUAUCGCCUGACAUUUCUGAUGGCCAAUGCAGAACGGCAAACUUCUAGAAGAGGUAUCGCUUGACAUUUCCGUUGUGCAACGUAGAACUGAAAACUUCCAUAAGGGAUACGAAUCAUACGAUUGAUGAGGCAGAUGAGCCUGCACUCGUUUGUGAAAAGAUGAUGGAUGCCCAAGAUCUCUCUGAAUCAGAAGGCAUUCUGCGGCAUUUCGUGUACUGUUGCUCGGUCAUCAUCGAAUGGGGGAACGCUCUGUGCACAACUGGAAUAUGUGUCGAUCUCUGCAGUACAUUACAUUUUUAAGGACUUCAGUCACAUCACAUCAUUCUUUCUGCGGCGUGGAGUCCUCAGCCAUCAUGAUGAGGAGCAGGCUUGUGGUCAGAGAGAGGAGCCUCAGGACAUAUGUGGAGAAAAGGGUUGUGCGUAUGUUAUCGCACUUUCCCGAUGUCGCCGCUCAUCAGGCAGGGCCUGGCCUGGAAGCGGCAGCAGUAGCCCUUUCUUCCCUCUUCAAUCACAAGAGCAGAGCAGCUGCCUCCUAAGACGCGACAAUAACAUCGCAUCGCAGUUCUGUCAUUGGCUGUCCGGAAGUGGAAGUGGUGCCUCUCUCCCCUCUUUUUCUUGAAGUAUAGCCUGCUUGCAGACUGCACUACCCUUUGUCGAUCUGUUGUUCUCCAGAGGAUUUUCAUUUCGGAUGGGAGAUGAUGGACGGAUAUGUUCAUAAUUUAUUCCAGUCAUACCACCUCCUCCUUUGGUUACCGUCCCUUUGCGUUUGAGCAGUGCAUAAAGGAAUCCGCUUUGCCGUCUUUUGUGCGACUAUUCCCUCCCUCCCUCCCUCACUCCAUUGCUCACACUCCGUCACUUACCCUGUACUACCCGCCUUGUUUUUCUAAUGCGGGAGCGAGCGUGUACCCUCCUUGUUUUUCUGAUGCGGGAGCGACAAGCACAUCAUUUUUUUUUUUUCUGCAAACUGUCGAGGUUUGAAAGAAAUUUGAAAACCAAUCGUAAAGAAUUGACAGUUUGCAUGAAAAAAAAAAAAUGAAAAGGAAGUCGUGACCAAGGUCAGUCUGUUUGAUUCGGUUGUGGCAAAAAUGAACUGGCACAGUUUGA